AAAAUAUUCAAGGUGUCCGAUGCAUAUUACUCAUACGCCCCGUUGUCCGCCUGCUUCUUUCUGCGCAAAAGGCAAACCGGUGCAUUAGGUGCAUAAGCAUUUUUCUAGAAAUCAGCGAAGCGCAAUAGCAAAUAACUGCAAUGAUGUCCUUAAGACGGUUGGCAAUAAUUGCGCCGUUAACGCUGAAGCAUAACAAGCAAAAUAUUUCAAAUAUUGCAGCACCAAUAAGUGCGCAAGAAACAACAACAGCGACAACAACAAAUAUUGACAUUAAGCAAACACAACCAGCAACAGCUAUAGCAACCACAGCAACAACAACAUUAGCAACUGUAACUAAGAGUCAUCGAAUUAUCGACGACGAUAAUUACGCCGAUGACAGCAAUGACAACAGUGAAGAUGACAGCAAUGAGACAUAUACGAAUAUAAUUAAUGCAUAUACGCCCGGCAAUGGAUUGCAAACAAUACGCGCGAGUUUUGGCCUAAGUGGCCUCAUCGGUCACAAUUCAGGUGGCAUUGGUAGUGGUGGAGGCAUCGGUGGCGGUCAUCAAACAUAUCCACAUGCAAUUAAUGGAAAUGCGAAUUUACUAUUAUGCGGGUAAGUGCAAAUUAAAAUUAAUACUAAAUUGGCCAGCACUUAAUCAAUGCGCAUACUUA